AUGGACGGCAGCAUCGCAACAGAACAAGAUGCACCAUUCACGUUAGUUGGUCGUGGUGGUAAACCACUCAAGAACAGAAAAGUGGCCAGUUUAUCAACACCAUUAAAACCAAUUCAACCUCUUGCCGAACAGCGAGUAAAUACACAUGUCAAGUACAAAUCGAGACAUGGCAAGAACAGGAGGAAGGAGAAAACAUUAAUGGAUCAUGUUCAUGAGGUUGAUGCUAGAAAAGUUGAAAUCCUCGCAUCUCCAUUUUAUCACGACAUCAAAGGUAUUGCUCAAAAGUAUCUUGGACUCUUAUGUAUUGAGUCUGACUCACUUCAACACCAAGAUGCGCUAUCUAAACCAAAUACCAAAGUGCAAGAUAUUGUGGCAUAUGGAAUUGGGUCCUUUACAGAAUCAUGGACAUCGUCUUCGAUACUUCAGAUGGCCCUACUGCUUGUACUGAAAGAUGAAUUAUCCAUCGAGUCUCCAAUAUACACAUACGAUCCAGAAUACACCAGCAUGGACUGUGAAGUGCUUCAGCAUUAUGGAAUACUCGUCUUGACGGAGGAUGAAAGUGGGCAUCGUCGUGUUGAAUCCUGCACACUGUUUUACAUGCCUCAUUGUGAAAUGUGGCUGUAUUCAAACGUGUUAAAAUCCAAUUGGGAUGAUUUAAAGCAAAUAGUUAUUAUGGGAAACAGUUUCGCUGACUACCACCUGAAAACACUUUCAGACGAGCAAUGGUUAAAGAUGGGCUCAUAUGUUCGUAAGACUGUUGGUCUUGUCCAAGAGCUCCCUUUACGGAACACUUUUAGUGACAAGGCUGCCUUCAACAACACUAGUCUACAUUGGUUUUAA